AUGGUUAAGAAAGAAGCGGCAAAGGAGAGAAAUCCUUUGAUGACUGAUUUUGAUGAAGUAGAGGGCUUAGGUGAUGAGGAGGAUGAAGAUGAUACUGAUGAAUUUAAAAAUCUUGGAAAAAGAGGUCGAAGUAGUGGGAGUGUUGGAAGUAGUAAGUCAGUAGCUAAAAAACGUAGUCAAAAGGGUCCUUUAGAUGUAUAUUUCGCUCGUGACACGGAGAAGGUUGACAAGACAAGAAAUGCUUUGAAGUCUCAUGAAGAGGAAUGGGCGAGGACUGGUUGCUCUUUAAUGUCAAAUGCAUGGAAGGAUAGGAGAGAAAGACCCUUAAUAAAUUUUCUUGUGAACUCUCCGAUCGGUACGGUGUUUCUUGGAUCUUUUGAUGCUUCUAAUUAUGUUAAAAAUGGAGAAAAAAUGUUUGAAUUAUUGGACAAUAUGGUAGAUGCUAUUGGGGAAGUAAAUAUUGUUCAAGUUGUUACUGAUAAUGAAUCGGCUAAUGUAGUAGCCGUUGAUGGUGAGAAGCGACCUUCAAUGGGAUACAUCUAUGAGGCCAUGGAUAGAGCAAAGGAAGCCAUUGCAAAAUCAUUCAAUGAGAAGGAGGAUAAAUAUAAUGAAGUUUUCAAAAUAAUUGAUAAGAGAGCACUCAUGCGUCGAUACAAUUUGCGUGAUACCAUUGAUCCCAUUGUACUAAAUGAUGUUGACGAUAGCAAUGAAUGGUUGACUGGAGUGAUGGAUAGUGAUGGAGAGGACGAUAAUGAGAAAGGACUUGAUAAGUUGUCGUCAUCUCGACUGUCUUUAUCCGUCGAUGAAGAGCCAGAUUGGGUUGAUUUUGAAGAUACAGAAGAAGAAGAGGAUAUUGGGAAUGAACAAUCUGAAGAAGAAGAAGAAGAUUAUAAUGAUGCAAAUGAAGAGGAUGAGGAUGGGGACGAGGAUGAUACUUGA